AUGUCGGUGGCCACCGGGGCCGGGGAGCCGGCGGCCGCCGCCGGAGCCGGCGGGAGCCGCGUUUUCUUCCAGAGCCCCCGCGGCGGCGGCGGCGGCUCUUCCCGGGAGGAGCCGGGGGUCGCCCCGGCGGCGGCGGCGCACGUCCAGCAGCAGCAGCAGCGGCGCCAUCAGCAGGGCAAAGUGACGGUCAAGUACGACCGCAAAGAGCUGCGCAAGAGGCUGGCGCUGGAGGAGUGGAUCGUGGAGCAGCUCGGGCGGCUCUACGGCUGCGAGGAAGAAGAGAUGCCAGAUGUAGAGAUUGACAUUGAUGAUCUUCUUGAUGCUGCUGAUGAAGAAGAGAGAGCACUCAAAUUGCAAGAAGCGCUUGUAGAUUGCUACAAACCCACAGAGGAUUUUAUCAAAGAACUGCUAACUCGGAUAAGAGGAAUGAGGAAACUGAGCCCUCCUCAAAAGAAGAGUAUAUAACUGGAGCAGGAGCCAUCCUGAGAGAUUUGACCAUGAAACUGGAACUUUUGAAUAGAACACAUUCUAGCUUAAUCGUUAUGAGCAAUUUAUUUCUAUUUUUAUU